AUAAAAACCGCUGCACCGCAGCUCGACCAGCUCCAGUUACCAACGGUUUGUGCCAUUAUCCAUAAUGCGAUUUGCAGCUCUGCUACUGCUCUUGGCCGUGUGCCUUUGCCUGGCCUCAAAUGCGCUUGGCCAAUGCAUAGACACAUAUAAGCCUGGCUGCAAGCAGCCCGUGGAGGUGGGUCGUCCGCAACGUAAUUGCAUUGAUCCCACUAAAUAUUGGAUGUGCGCGGCUCUCAAUGGAGAGGCCGAGCUUUUCAAGUGCCAGCCAAAUACGGGCUUCAGUCAGGAUAGAAACGCAUGCAUAUCGUGGAUCGAUUGGGUGUGGAAACCCUGCAUGGAGCCACCAAGUCGACCAACAGGUUGGCAAUCAUGUUAUCAGCAUUGAUUGCGGUCACUUUAAGAUAUUAAAUGUUUAUUAAUGAGAACAGAAUGUCUUUCCGAUUACCAGUAUGAGCGAAAUAAAAUAUAUAUCAAAAUA